UGAGUAAUGGCAUUAGACGGCGCGCUGAGCCAAUGGCCUGCCCCAUCACCUGACCACUCUUUGAAUAUUGAUGCUCCCUCAGCGCCUCUCUGUGUUGUUGUUGUCUGACAUUGACAUUUUUUUUUUGUUGUUACAACCACCGACAUGUCCUCGCUGCUGAAGCCGUUCUCGGUGUGUGAGGGGCCGUGCGAGAGCUGCGGUGUCAGGCGAGGAUGCCCGGGCUCGGCUCCGCAUCAUCAGCCUUCAUCCCGGCGUCUGGCCGCCGCCGCUGCCGCCGCCGCGGGGCCGGGCUCUCUGCCGGCCCACCAGCGCUCCUACGCGGCGAGGAGAAACCUGGCGGCGGCUGCGAUCGGAGGGAGGAAACUGACGCAUCCUGGAAAGGCCAUCCUUGCAGGUGGCAUCGCAGGAGGAAUCGAGAUCUGCAUCACCUUCCCCACAGAGUACGUGAAGACCCAGCUGCAGCUCGAUGGGAGAGCCAACCCCCCGAGAUACAGAGGGAUCGGUGACUGUGUGAAGUUGACUGUGCAGGAUCACGGGCUCAGAGGGUUGUAUCGAGGUCUCAGCUCCCUGCUGUAUGGAUCAAUACCCAAGUCUGCAGUGAGGUUUGGCACGUUCGAGAUGCUCAGCAACCCGAUGCGAGACCACACGGGCCGGCUAGACAACACGCGGAGUCUCCUGUGCGGCUUAGGAGCAGGUAUAGCGGAGGCCAUUGUGGUGGUCUGCCCCAUGGAGACGCUCAAGGUGAAGCUGAUCCACGACCAGUGUUCCCUCAGACCGCGCUACAGAGGCUUCUUUCACGGCGUCAGCGAGAUUAUCAGAGAACAGGGUGUGAGGGGGACGUAUCAGGGUCUGACAGCAACUGUGCUGAAACAAGGAACCAAUCAGGCCAUCCGGUUCUAUGUGAUGAACUUAUUGCGCAAUUGGUACAAAGGUGACGACCCCAGAAAGGAAAUGCACCCGAUUGUCACAGCGAUGUUCGGAGCGACGGCGGGAGCUGCCAGCGUCUUUGGAAACACUCCUUUAGAUGUGGUGAAGACAAGGAUGCAGGGUCUGGAGGCUCACCGCUACAAAAACACAGUGGACUGUGCCUUUCAGAUCUUGAAGCAGGAAGGACCUCAGGCCUUCUACAAAGGAACAGUGCCGAGGCUCGGCCGUGUCUGCUUGGAUGUGGCCAUAGUCUUCGUCAUCUACGAGGAGGUAGUCAAACUACUCAACAAUGUGUGGAAGACCCAGUAGGCGGACGGGAGCCCGAGGUCCGGAAGGGGAAGCACGGAGCAGUGCCUCAUGCUACGCACAACUGAACACCUCUACUCAACUUCAUACGAGCUCUCUGCAUCGCCCUGAGCUGAUGACAUGUCACCUUUUACGACUUUCUGCUCUGUUGUUACCUUACAUAAAUGAUUUACAGGACAUAUCCAGGGAGGGAUCAGUUUGGUAUUUUUCUCUUCCGUCUCUCGAGCGGGCGGACUGCAGAGUCAUUCUUUCAUUUUGAAGGACAGGAAGAGGCUAAGUCAAAUGACCAAAUUCAAGUUUCUUGAGGGUUCUAACCAGAAACGUAAGUGAUUUAGAGACAGACAUGCGUUAUUAACCAAAGGAUCAGACUAGAGAGAGGAAAAACUAACUGGGGAAAAAAGGGAAAUUACACGUCUGACGUUUUAGCUUUCUAUGACUGUUGUUAACCGUAACAUGACGUAGAGUGAACACUUUGUACUGAAACCGUAAAUGUGUCUUCUGACUCACUGAGUACUUAUUAACUGAGCGGAGAACGCUACUGGACAUAAACCAAGCUCGCUGUAGUACUUAAAAAAAAAUAAUCCGUGCAGUACAUCAAACACAAGUCGGUGUUGUGAUUGCUUUCUCGCCCCCGCUCGCGGUCUCGUCGCACAACAUCCGCUGUACUGGUGAUGAUGACGAACCUUCGAUACUGUUCAUUGUGCAUUUUGUGGCCUCUGCCGACAACAAGUAUCAGUAUGGCUGCAUGAAUCUUGACGUAGCGUCCCGUCGCGCCGACGCAAGCAAAUCCAUAUGUAGCACUAUCUUUACAUGCAGACAAUGAAAGCUGAGAGUUUGUUAACAGAUUUGAAUGCUUCACUCAGAGCCUCAGUCUACAGUGAAUCCACUCCUACUACACGAGAUGUAAACAUGUCCCGACUAUGUAAGCCAUACGACUUCAGCGCUCACUCAUCAAGCUGUCCUCUAGUCACUUUUAAUAUUCUUUGUUUACCUCAAGCUAACCUGCGCCGGGAGCUUUUCGAAACGCUAACUCUGUAUUAGUCGUCUUUGACUGCACUCAUUCUUGGCCGAUAUAGUGUUUACAUAUACGAUGAAGGACACUGGACGUGUCAGAGGCUGGAUCACGUAACAAGCGGCUAACUUUUAAGCAAGGCUCGGUUUUGAUCGCACCACACAGCCUUUGCACAGAAGCCUUUUACUCCCCUUUGCCAAACCACUCCAGUAGAACCCAGUGUAACAUCCCUGAUAGGAGAAAAUCUUUACUCCAUUUUAAAUAGAGUGCAACAGAAAGUAUUGUUUGAUCUUUAUGUCUCUACCUUUUUAAUUUCAUUUACGAAAGCACAUUUGUACUGUUUAGACUUGUGUUUUAUGCUUUGCUGCUUUUUUCUGAACAGGCAUGUGUACCUCAUCGUACAGCAUAUCAGAGUCAGUGUGAUCCUGUUGGUCAAGAGUCAUGUUUGGACAUAACAUGGUUUCACUGGUUUCAAUAAAAUUGUCAUUAACAAACCUGA